AUGGAACAAUAUAAUUGCUUUGGAAAUCAGGAGAAAGGCCACUUUUUGCUGUCACUGAGUGGAAAAGAUGGCAAUUUGAAUCCAAUCCACAAAAUUCCAGAAAAAUGGGAGCUGAAGAAACCCAGAACAACAAUUCCCAAAUGCAUAUUUACUGUGUUAUCUCUGGUGACUGUAGUUUAUUUACUGGUUAACAUUUCCUACCUGACUGUUCUGACACCCAGGGAAAUCCUCUCUUCAGAUGCUGUAGCUGUCACGUGGGCUGAUAGAGUUUUUCCCUCAUUACCAUGGAUUAUGCCUUUUGCUAUUUCUACUUCAUUAUUUAGCAACCUUCUGAUUUCUAUAUCUGAAUCAUCGAGACCAAUAUAUCUUGCGAGCCAAGAAGGCCAGCUGCCUUUGCUAUUUAACACACUUAAUAGACACUCCUCUCCAUUUACAGCUGUGCUACUACUUGUCAUUUUGGGAUCCCUUGCAAUUAUCUUAACAAGUCUAAUUGAUUUGAUAAACUCUCUUUUUUUCAUGAGCUCUUUUUGGUCUCUAUUAGUAAUAACAGGAAUACUAAAGUGGAGAUACCAGGAACCCAACCUAUCUAUACCUUAUAAGGUGUUUUUGCCAUUUCCAUUGGUAGCAAUAGUCAUCAACAUGGGUUUGGUUGUGAUACUAUUGGUAAAGUCUCCAAAUGUGUAUUACGUCUACGUGCUUCUGUUAAUUCUCAGCGGAUUACUAUUUUAUAAAAUAAGGUUGGCUUGGUUUGAGAAGAUUACUUGCUAUUUAUAAUUACUAUUGAACAUUUGCCUGCCUGAUGUAUCUGAGGAACAGAUGUCCAAAGUGCAGACUGUUAAACAAAAUAGCCUUCUAAAAAUCAGAUUCCAAAUCAAGAGUUGUAAAAGAUCUGGUUUAGAGAUGUCUUCAGAAAGUGAGAAUGUGGGAAGAUGUGGGAAGAUGUCCAGUGACCUUCAUUAUCCAGCUCUUUUCCCUGUCUCCGUUUAUCCUUCAGAGGUCGCAUCCACAGAUGUCAAAGAACUUGCCAAGUUGAGGAACUCUCCCCUGGUGUGA